AUGGAGGAAGGUGGAGGUAUGGACGGCCAUUCAUCUCCUAUGGAAGCAGCUUCGCCUGCGGUGGUGGUGGCAGGCGCUGCUUCUCUGGACUUGUCUCUAACACUGGCCCCUGUGUCACCACCACCACCACCUUCCUCUUGUUGGGCUGCAGCAGAUAUUGUUCUUCCUUCUUCUACAGGCGCCGGUGGCAAUUACCAUGGCCAUGGUGGUGGGAGGCUCUUCUCGUGCCUCUUCUGCGACAAGACCUUCCUCAAGUCGCAGGCGUUGGGGGGCCACCAGAACGCGCACAAGAAGGAGAGGGUCGCCGGCAGCUGGAACGCCCACCUCUACCUUCCCGCGGCAGGGGCAGCCAAUCAGCCGGCCGCCGCGACGUCCAUGCUGCCGCCGACCUCGCGGCCCUUUGUCGACGACCGCGAGCAGCAGCAGCAGCAGCAGCUUGAUCUUAGCCUCAAGCUCUAG